GGGUUCAGCCUUGCAGCCAACUCUCACCAAACAGAGCUUAGCCACCUUAUUUUGGCAGCCGACCACAUUACUGGAAUUUUCCAGACAGGUGGCAUUUCAUACGCCUUGAUAGGUGGGUUUUCUCUCCAACUGCGAGGAAGUCCGCCUAACACCUUCGAUGUGCAUGUUGCCGUUGGGAGCAGCAUGCGCCAACUCAUUGAACUUUUUAUACUUCACCCGCAUGUGCUCUGUCCGCUCGGUCCCGUGUCGGGAGUCAUGAGGAUCUGGGUUCGCACCGGAGGCGAUCAUAAUCCCGGACAAGGUAUCCGGGAGUUGGAUGUAGGUGUAGACAUCAUUCUGCCAGGAGGCUCACUUGGCGCUCCCGAUAACCCUCAAAAACCUCUGAAAACCUCAAUAUCGAAACAGUUCUUGGACCCAGAAAGUAUCCGGUGCUUAAUAUAGAGCAGAUGACGAAAGCCAAAUUCUCUGCCCUUUGCUCUCGAGCAUCGACAACCGAUCAUAUGGAUGUCGUUUUCUUAAUACAGAAUUUUGCUGAUGGAGUCAUUGCAGCAUGCCCUCAGUUGAAUGAGGAACAUCGGAGAGGCUUUGCGAAGGAAUAUAGUCGACGAAAUCGGGGCCCCAGCAAUUUUGCAAGAGUCCUGCAGGUGAACCAGCUGUUGUGGCUUGAAGAAUGAGUGAGUGUCGAUCUUUGAGUGUUUUUCUUCCUGCUUGGUGCCUUGGAGAAGGAGUCUUACGUCCUUUCUGCUUUGCUUCCAGUU